CUGUCAAACACGAAAGGUCACACAUGCGAUGCAGUGAGAGUUGUGCAAAUACGAUCGUAUUUCUCCAAAUUAUUCGUUUUAGAUCAGUCAACCUUCAACUACUCUUCGUCAGUCGUUCCUUAUAGCAACAGUAGUGUGUCCUGCAUUUUGAAAAGCGAUACUAUCCGGCAUUCAUAAUUCCUGUUAGCUAACGUUGUUAGUUCAGCUAGCCAAGUCAACUGUAGGUUUGAACCCCACUUCAAUUGGGGAAACCUGUUUGUUAAAACAUCUCUGUCACUGACACGAUGCUGAGGAAUCUUGUGAGAUUUCACAAUUGUCUGGGGCAUGCUUUCUCUCCCCCCACUGUCUGCCCAAGAGGUCAAAUGUUUAAGCUGCUCUCUGUGAAAUCCUACUCCACUAUCACAGAAAGAAAGAAAUUCUAUGAGGAUGUUAGCAUAUCCCAUGGAGAGGGUGGCAUGUUUGAGAUCAACCUGGACCGGCGGAAACUGAAAACACCAGGAGGAAAGCUGUUCACAGCCCCCAACGAAGCCUUAGCCAUUGCCGUGGCGAAUGAAUGGGAUACUCAGAAAGACAUUCUCAAGUUCUACAGCAUGCAUAUGACCACUCUCUGCAACACGGCCCUAGAUAACCCUACGUUCCGCAGCAAGGACCAAAUGAUCACUGCUGCCCUCAAGUAUCUGGAGACUGACACUAUCUGUUACAGAGUUGAGGAGCCUCCAUCACUAGUUGAGCUUCAGAAUAAUGAAUGGGACCCUGUGUUGAACUGGAUUGAAGACCGGUACAACGUAGUCAUUGGCUCCUCCACCAGUAUACUGGGGCCAGAGAUCCCACAGGCGACGAUGGAUACUUUCCGCCAGCACCUGGGUUCCUAUAACUUCUGGUCCCUGACAGGUCUGGAGUAUGUGAUCACCCAGCUGAAGUCAGUGGUGCUUGCCUUUGCUUUAAUAGACAAACACAUAACAGUGGAGCAGGCCGUGCUGCUGUCACGACUAGAGGAGGAGUUCCAGAUCGGGCAUUGGGGAAAUGUAGAGUGGGCUCAUGAUGUUGACCUGUAUGAGCUGAGGUCACGUACAGCCGCAGGGGCACUGUUUGUACAUUUUUCUUCUGAAAGUUCAACGGUCAAACGCAAACUCAUGCAAGACUGAGGAUAUUCAGUGCUUCCCUGAGUCAACACAAACUCAGACAGGACUCUUAAGAGCAAAGGCAACAGAGGCAGUGUACUGGCCUCUGACUGGGAAGAAAUCCCAACUCCUUCAGACUUGUGUUUAACUCUGGUUGUUGACCUUUGCGGAAUAAAAACAUAAUAUUCUA